AUGGACUUCGGGACGAAUUCAUGCAGCUGGCACCUUGGGGAUUGGAACAGCAACUGUGGAGCUGCCUCGAGCCGAGAAUCCUUGAUUUUCACGCAAACCUACAGUCUUACAAAGGACGCGAUCGCCGAGUUGUUGGCUAUGGGACGCGAAGAGCCGAUGUUCCCAAAGUUCGAUCAGGUCGCUGGCAAUGACGCCUUGCCUCUUCCACUUUUGGACGCUUUGGACAAUGGAAAGAUGCUGCUUAGGCAUGACUUGAACUAUGGGAAUCAGCAAGGCGUACGGCAAGCAUGUGCAGCGAUAGUAGUUAUUCAACUUUUUGUCCCGUCCGAUGAUGCCAAGCUCAGCACUGAGAUUCUCCGUAACCUGAUCUUCUUCUUUCUCUUACGAUGGACAAGAAAAGGUGUCUUGCAGCUCAAAGGCCGCGGGCUCUUCGGGACAGUGGCGGAGGCGUACAUCUCGAUACGACGGACGCUUUACGGCAUAUUCCUAAAAAGUCCUGGCGUACGUAGCCAAGUACAAAAGCAAGUCACUGAAGCAAUUACCAAACUCGAAGGAAAGCUAGUCCCUCAAGGGCCUGGCAUAAGUCGAUACCUCACGCUACCGAAGGAAGGAUGGACCGAGCAGCAAGUGAGGGCAGAGCUGGAAAUACUUGGUGGUAUGGAGCAUACACGCUGGGAGGAUGGCCUUGUUAGCGGAGCGGUUUACCAUGGCGGGAACGAAUUGAUCAAGCUACAAUCAGAGGCCUUUGAAAAGUUCAGCGUUGCAAAUCCGAUACAUCCAGACGUCUUUCCAGGAGUACGAAAGAUGGAGGCGGAGAUUGUCGCUAUGGUCCUUGCCAUGUUCAAUGCACCAGCUGGAGGAGCUGGAGUUACUACGAGUGGUGGCACGGAGUCAAUAUUAAUGGCGUGCUUGAGCGCUAGGCAGAAGGCGCGCGCAGAACGGGGGCGUCACUGA